ACGGUCGAGUAGCACGUACACCGUUUCCCUAACCCCACUGUCCGUUUCUCACUCUUUCCGAAUCGCAACCCUUGCCGCCGCCGCCGUCGAGCGCCACUUCGUCGUCCGUGCUUUUAAGCUCCUCCAUUCAUCGUCAAAAUAGGAUCUUUGAUAACUGGGAGGAGGUUGAUAGCAGAAGUACAGUAGUAGGAAGGGGCACGAUGAACAAAGAUAAGAUUUUUAAGCUGGCAAAGGGAUUCAGGGGGAGGGCGAAGAACUGCAUCAGGAUAGCUCGGGAGAGGGUGGAGAAGGCGCUGCAGUACUCCUACAGAGAUCGCCGCAACAAAAAGAGAGAUAUGCGGUCUCUCUGGAUCGAGCGCAUCAAUGCAGGCGCUCGGUUGCACGGGGUGAAUUAUGGUAAUUUUAUGCAUGGGUUGAUGAAGGAGAAUAUCCAACUGAACAGGAAAGUGCUGUCGGAGCUGUCGAUGCAUGAGCCAUAUAGCUUCAAGGCACUUGUGGACAUUUCAAGCAAUGCAUUUCCAGGAAACAAAGGCCUCAAAAAGGAUAGUUCAUCCAUUGUUGCCUGAGAAUCUUCUCUUCCAUUUUGUUUAUCUGAACCUCUUGUACUUGUGUUCUCAAGAGUAGAACUGAGUAUAUCUUUUGUAAUCUUGUCCAUCUUAUAAGUCAAGAAUUAAAACCACUAGAUUCAAUAUGAAAGACACAUUGUAAAAUCAACCUUGUGCCACUGGCAUUCAUCAUUAGAGCUGUAAAACCAUCUUGCUCA